CGCAACGACAACGACGACCACCACCACCAUCUUCUCCGCUCCUCGGCCUCGCCGCGCCGCUAUCUAAACUAGGGGACGCAAUUAUAUAACCAUCGCCCCUUCCACCUUUCCACCCCUUUUGCCCCACCGCCCGUUCCCUCCCCCUCCCUUCCCACGCACGCACGCGCGCGCCGCCGAGAUCUGCCCAGAGUGGACCUCCGGCGAGGAUGAGCAGCCCCCAUGGCGGCCUCGACGAGCAGAUCGAGCGCCUCAUGCAGUGCAAGCCCCUACCCGAGCCCGAGGUUAAAGCGCUGUGCGAGAAGGCCAAGGAGAUUUUGAUGGAGGAGAGCAAUGUUCAGCCUGUAAAAAGUCCUGUUACAAUAUGUGGUGAUAUUCAUGGGCAGUUUCACGAUCUUGCAGAAUUGUUCAGAAUUGGUGGAAAGUGUCCAGAUACAAACUAUUUGUUUAUGGGAGAUUACGUAGAUCGUGGCUACUAUUCUGUCGAAACUGUGACGCUAUUGGUGUCUCUAAAAGUUCGUUACCCUCAGCGGAUCACUAUUCUCAGGGGAAACCAUGAAAGCCGACAGAUCACUCAAGUUUAUGGUUUCUACGACGAGUGCUUAAGGAAGUACGGAAAUGCAACGGUGUGGAAAACUUUUACGGAUCUGUUUGACUACUUCCCCUUGACAGCAUUGGUUGAAUCAGAAAUAUUUUGCUUGCACGGUGGAUUAUCACCAUCCAUCGAGACACUUGAUAACAUACGUAACUUUGACCGCAUCCAAGAAGUUCCUCAUGAAGGGCCCAUGUGCGAUCUUCUGUGGUCUGAUCCAGAUGAUCGAUGUGGUUGGGGUAUUUCUCCUCGAGGCGCUGGGUAUACCUUCGGACAGGAUAUAUCAGAGCAGUUCAACCAUACCAAUAAUUUAAGACUUAUUGCCAGAGCUCACCAGUUGGUCAUGGAGGGAUUCAACUGGGCUCAUGAGCAAAAAGUGGUCACCAUAUUUAGUGCACCUAAUUAUUGCUACCGCUGCGGAAACAUGGCAUCAAUCUUGGAAGUUGAUGAUUGCAGGGAGCAUACUUUCAUCCAGUUUGAGCCGGCCCCAAGAAGGGGAGAGCCAGACGUAACCCGUAGAACACCAGACUAUUUCCUGUGAUUUGACGAAAUUGGUGUUGGUCUCUGCACCAAAGGUUUGAUAGCUAGCUGAAGUUUCCUGGUUGAGAUAAUCUUUUUGCCCCGUGUGUUAUUCUUCUUAUUUUUUCCCCCAUGAUGCCUUUGGCUAUUGUGAGCUGCUUUGCUGCAUCGUGACUCAAGUGUAUACGUACAGCCUGGAAGGAUUCAUUGUGUUCUCACCACCUCUCUAACUGAUUUGAUGCUCUGCUUGGGGCCUGCAGCUAGUGACUUUUAAGCAUCAAGCAGCAUUUGUAUUAUGACAGGAACUAUUUCCCCUUUGUAAUUCAUUUUCCCCUUCAUCUAAUUUUCUUCUUAUGAUUCUUGUAGAGAUGAACAAUGUAGCUGUGCGGUUCUGUGUUGAGCCUUAGGGUCUUCUGAACUUGUCUUAAUUUGUCGUACAGAAAUACUUUGAAGAACUAGUAUGUUGAGCAACGGUUUUGUUGUGUUA